UCAUUUUGACAUUUAGAAAAAAUCUAGGCGGUGUUGGGCUUGCGUGUUUUUGUUGUUGUUGUACCGAUUUUCUACUUAAUAAAGACUGAAAGCAACAUGAAUUGCUACUAAAUCCACUACAGUAUUAUAUUUAUGCCAUAUUAAUUGCAUUUCCGCUGCAAUUCACGUGAAAAAUGGGGUUAUUAUCAGACCCGGAGUAUGGGUCGGCCCAGUGGGUACGAGUGCUUCGGAAAAUCCAUGGUCUUUUGAGUGUUUUGUUUUACAUUGGAGCCAUAGUAUGGUUUGUUAUGUUGGGCAACAAGACAUUCAACAAUGAGACAUACUUCUCGGAGAAUGCUCUGCUUCCGGGGCUGGUCACCAAUGAGUUUAAUGGGGAGCCGGCGGCUAAGCAGUUUUUCAAUGAAUUCAACGAAGAACUGAAGGACAAAUAUGAGGACACAGAUGUGAUGCCAGUUCCAUGGCUUGUGGCCAAGAUGUCACAACUGCACCUGGAGGUCUACACUCACAACUUCACACUCAACUAUCCUCUGGGUGAAGGGAGAGUGUACACGGGCACAAAUGUGUACGGCAUAUUGAGAGCUCCGCGCACAUCGUCCCUGGAGGCUCUAGUAGUGUCCGCUCCAUACCGCCCCCCGUCCAGCCAUCAGAAGAGCACGGCCGCUGGCAUAGCAUUGAUGUUAGCCUUUGCACAGUUUGCUAGACCACAAAAAUACUGGGCAAAAGACAUAAUAUUCCUAGUCACGGAGCACGAACAACUAGGCAUGCAGGCGUGGUUAGAAGCAUACCACGGCAUCCAGAGUGACGCAGAGACGUUCUACACCAGCCUCGGAUCUUUCUGGAAGCCGAACCCAUUCCUUGAUUUGAGUACCUUCGGGACGCUGACUAAGGCUGACCAUGAGAAGUGUCUGAACCCUGGAAGGUUGAAAGGCAGAUCUGGAUCUAUACAGGCUGCUAUUAAUUUGGAGUUUGAUGUACCGAAGAUUAAGUAUGUGGAGGUGAAGAUCGAGGGUCUGAACGGGCAGCUGCCCAACCUGGACCUGGUGAACCUGGUGCACAAGCUCUGCGUCAAGUCCGGGGUACACCACUCUUAUAAGAACAGUUACUCGUGGGUCCGCAGCAGGAACAAGUACGACGAGUGGUGGAACUCUGUUUCCACCAUGCUGGGUAUGGUGACCACGCAACUGGCUGGCGUACCAAACGGCAACCACGGCCUAUUCCACCGCUUCGGCAUCGAGGCCGUGACCCUGGAGGGGCGCGGGCCGGGCGACCCCGCCGGCGACCCGCCGCAGGUCAACGCCCUCACGUCGGCCAACUUCUACCGGUUGGGCGCGGCGCUGGAGACCGUGCUGAGGUCGCUGAAUAAUUUGCUGGAGAGGUUCCAUCAGAGUUAUUUCUUUUAUCUGCUGCCGCAGACGGGGCGGUUUGUUUCUAUUGGUCAAUACAUGCCAUCUUUAUGCCUCAUCAGUGCAGCCAUGUUGAUAAAAUCUCUAGCUCUGUGGGUGUCCUUACAAAAAGAAGAUAAGACGAACAAAAAAGAAAAGAGUAAAAAAGAUGACAAAGCAAAGGUAUCAGGAGAUGAUAGCUCUACAGAGGUGGAAGAAAAAGAAACAAAAGAAAAAAGUGCUGUGUCAAAAGUACCAGGAGCUAAGAAGACAAAAGGAGAUGCGCAACGAAAGAAGAGUGAAGAAACAUUGAGUGUAGUGAAUGUUGGAUUGAACUAUUUCCUGGUCCAUUUACUGGGAUAUGCCGUCAUGAAUUCGCCGCUUCUGUUCAGUCAAAUUGGCUCAAAAUACUACAACCUACCAUCAGAAGUAUCCGUAUACUACGGCCUAGCCAUAACAUCGGCAGUCCUCACCCUCUUAUCUCCAUUCAUGAUGAGAGUCCUACGCUCGGGGCCCAUGCACUAUGAGGAGGUGGCCUUAGUCAACAUCCUAGUACUGAUCGAGUUGGCUACGAUAUGCCUGAGUGUAGGAAUGCAUAACUUCUCGCUGGGAUUCGUGAUGGCAACUCUUUUGGCUCCUGUUGCCCUGGUAUCUGGAGUCAAUGUGAGGGGUGGUGGGAAAAUUAGGUCAAUUCUAGUCCAGUUCAAACGCCUCUUAUGCAUCAUAUCGCAUCCUCUAUGCCUAGUCACUUUGGGAAUGAUAAUCUACAGCAAAAUGCUAUUCCCUGAAGAAUCUAACAUGCACGUUAUAGGAAGGGGCCGGGACGCGGCCAUGCAAGCUAUUAUGUACUCUGUGGUCGACAGUUUGAUCUAUGGCAACUGGCUGUUCAAUGUAGCCACAUCACUAGUGCUGCCAACUUGGAUCAUAUUCUGGCAAAUCAAUUGUAGCAGUGUGGAUAAGUAGCUUUAAUUAUUAUAUUACAUUCCCAAAGACUUCACAAUAUAAGGUUGGUUUUUAUACGAA